GUGGAAGGGGCGGGACGAAGCCUGGCCGUUCUCUGGCCCUUUCCCGGCGUCAGUUUAGUGGCGGGAAAGUCGGGUCCUGAGCCUGCAUCUUUCGGUCCCGGGAGAUUCUUCUUCGCGCCAGUCUGAAUGGAGAAGCAACCCGGAGAGCAAGUGGCCACCGAGCCCGCGGACUCCGGAGCGGGAGGCGGGGAAGGCGGGCCAUCACAGGUCGCUGGCGCCCAGGAAGCGCGUCCAGAGGACCGCUUGACCCUGCUGCUCAGGCUGAGAGCACAGACAAAACAACAACUCUUGGAAUAUAAAUCAAUGGUUGAUGCAAAUGAAGAAAAAACUCCAGAACAAAUCAUGCAAGAUAAGCAAAUUGAAGUUAAAAUUGAAGACCUGGAAAAUGAAAUUGAAGAGGUGAAAAUUGCUUUUGAAAUGAAAAAGCUUGCAUUAGACAGGAUGCAACUUUCAACUGCACUGAAAAAAAACCUAGAGAAAACUAACCCCAGGACUAGUGUCCUCAUGGAUAACAUGAAACAUGUAUUAAAGCUAAACAAAUUAAUAAUGAAAUCACACCAGGAAUCUUGGGAUUUGGAGGAAAAACUGCUUGAUGUUAGAAAGAAGAGGUUACAAUUAAAACAAGCUUCAGAGAGUAAGCUUUUAGAAAUACAGACUGAAAAGAACAAACAGAAAGAUGAUUUGGUCGAUAUGGAGAAUUCAGACAAGAUAAAGACCAUACAACAAAACCUGCAGAUGGAGAUACAAAUUACUACAGUUAUUCAACAUGUGUUCCAGAACCUCAUUUUAGGAAGUAAAGCCAAUUGGGCAGAGGAUUCUGCCUUUAAGGAAACUGUUCUACAGCUUGAGAAGAAUCUCGCCAUGAUCUAAUAAGAAUUCUGUUUUGUUAUUUUUUGUUUAAAUCUAUGAUACAUCAAGUAAAAUUUUUAUUUAGUGUUUUUGGAACUAAUAUUGUAAAGUUUUUGUAGCUUAACACUGUAACAUGGAAUUUGUUCUUUCAAAUAUGUUAAUUAAAGUGGCAUUCUCUAAAAGAA